GUAACAUCAUCAAGACAGGACAGCCUCAUUACAUAGAGCUACGGAUUUCGGAAAUAUCAACACAAUCAUGGCUUCAUUUAUAGUAUAUAAGAUGGCAGGUCUUUUCUGUCGUGUCAAUGAGAAUCAGCAUCUUGCAUCGCGCUCUCAAAUACCCUAUCAAGAUUAAAAGAUAAAAUAGCACUACAACUCACUAUAACUUACUCACUAUGGCUUCAUCGAAAGAUUUACCACCAUUGGAUGUUCCAUUCUUUCCCAACGUCUUUGUUAAGAAUCAAUUCUGUACCAAACCAGACAGACCACCAGCGACAACCGAUCUGACCGGGAAAGUUGCUAUCAUUACCGGAGCGAAUACCGGCUUGGGGUUUGAGGCUGCCAAGCAGAUGCUUGCAUUGAAGCUAUCUCAUCUGAUUAUCGCAGUUCGAAAUAACGCGAAAGGUGAAGAUGCUGCCGCUAAGCUCCGAACCAAGUUCCCGAAGGCAAUAAUUGAGGUUAUGUUACUGGAUAUGACCCGAUAUGAUUCCAUUCAGGAUUUCGUCCGACGUGUUGAAAAUGAAGUCCACCGUCUUGAUAUAGUCAUCCUGAAUGCCGGCUUAAUCAAGAUGAAGUAUGGAACCGUAGCAUCAACCGGCCAUGAGGAAAUUCUGCAGGUCAAUUACCUAUCAACCGUAUUUCUCGCUAUUCUUCUCCUCCCCAUCCUAAAAGCGAGGUCGCCAGCCGGUACACCUGGUCGCUUAACCAUUAUCAAUGCGGCCUUAGCACUCACCGCACCACUGCCAACGAUCAAUGGCCACAAGUCCCUCCUAGCCGCUCUAGAUGACCCUAAGGCCUUUGCCAAUUACACCGACAAGCAAUACAACACCUCAAAAGUGCUCAUGCAAAUGUUCGCAUACAAGCUCAUCGACUAUGUAUCCGCGGACGACGUCAUCGUGAACUUAGUCUGUCCUGGCUUCGUCAAGGGUACGGGGCUAAGCCGCGAUGUUAAUAUCUUGAUAAAGCCCCUUAUGGCUGCAUUCGCUGCGGCGGCGGCGAGGAACGUGGCCGAUGGUGCGUCGACGUAUUUGGAUGCGGCUUUAGUGAAGGGGAAGGAGAGCCAUGGUUCGUUCAUUAUGAGUUGGAAGAUUGCGCCGUACAAUUCUUUCUUGUAUACCCCCGAAGGAAGGGACGCUGCGGAUAAGUUGUGGCGGGAGACUAUGGAUGAAUUAUCGUUUGCUGGUGUAAGUGGUAUUUUGGAGUCGAUGAAGAAGCUGUGAGAUGUCUUGCCCUAGGAUAAUUUAGGCGCUUGGCGGGGAGUGGUGAUGGUGUCCGUAUCCGUAUUCGUUUACACAAUACUCUUCCAGCCACAGCUACAUUGUUUUUAUAUGUUUUUUACAUAGUGGGUAUUCCUUUCGUCAGUCGUCGUAUUCUUAUGUUAGGUUUGGUACGAUAGGGUGACUCUAAGAUCCAUAACAAUCUUACAAUCCAUUAGAUGAUCACGACGUUAAACAAUAGCUUUCAAGCAAAUGCACAAUAAAACACAUUCAUUAUUA